AUGUCAGGAGACCACCACCAGCAGCAGCAUUUACAAAAGUCCAGCCUAGAACCACGCUUCAGCCUGCCCCGGACUACACCGGCGUCCAGCAGAACGGACAUCGUCAUCGGCGGCAUCAGAGUGUACGUGUAUGGCCUGGACGAGCUCGCUCAUAAGACCAACGCCGAGGUGGCCGUCCUGUACCUUGCGCAUAAUCGCAAACGAUCGUAUCUGGUGACCGAAGACAUUGCCUACGAGGUCCUACACAGAUAUAGGACCGAGAAGGGAAGGAAGAAGAAGUAUGAGCUUAUUGCCCUGACUAUCAAUAUGAGGAAUCACGGGGACCGGGAGGUAUGUGUCGAUUUCCCCUUUCCCACUUCUGUGCCGAUUUUUGCUGGCCGUAUCCCAUCAGAUUCUAAACACGAAUUUGAAAAGCAACUUUGGGUUUUUGGAUCUGAUGUAUAUGUAUUCAAUGGACAGGUCAGUCCGCAAGCGAACUAUACGUGGGAUGACGAAAAUGAUAACCACGGAAUGGACCUACUGUCCAUGAUCUCGGGCUCAGCCCAGGACUUCAAGCUCAUCCUGGACUACCUGCCAGCGUAUCUGCCGCAGUUCACGCGCUUCCACAACAUCAUGGCAGGCGUCUCGCUUGGCGGCCACACGGCGUGGCGGAUGGCCCCGCUGGCAUCGCCGGGCCAGAUCGAAGGCUUUGCCAUGGUCGUCGGUUGUCCGUCCCUAACCCCGCUGCUCCUUUCGCGCUUGGGCAUCGACACUGCAGCAGACCUCACGACUGCGACCUACGACGACCUGGAGAAAGUCAUGACGGCGGAGCAGAAGCGCCGCUGGCCGCGCGUGCUGGCGGAGCUGGUGCAAGAAGGCGACAGGGCUGUCGCGGACACCUUCCCCGCCGACCUUCCUGUUCUGCUGUGCAGCGGUGCGCUCGACCCAUUGGUCCCCGCGCGGUACACGGCGGCUUGGGUCGAGAGGAGGAGACACCUCGAGAGAGGAGGCGACGAAUGUAACGUUGGCAGUGACGAUGGCCCAGUCCGCUUCUUCGUCCAGGAGAACACGGGACACAGCUGCACUAAGGAGAUGGUGGCGUUGCUUGCGUCGUGGCUGGGCGACGUUUUUCAAGCAUAA